AUGAACUCUGUAUUUGUCAGAUCCGGCUUAAGAUUAUCCCCUUCCGCACGUGCCUUCACCACCACCUCCGCGUGGAGACAGGUUUUGCCAGAGUUGACCUCUGAGCAAAACAGCAGACCAAAACACCUCGUUUCCGGCGCGCCGGUCGAGUUACUCACCAAGAGAGAGUGCAGAAUCUACCAAGAGUCUAAGCCAGCCACCCAGUCUGGCCACCACAAUGGUGACCACUGGCAGUUGGACUGGGACGUUUUGGGCAAGGGUAACAGAUGGGAAAACGACGUCAUGGGGUACCAGGGAACCUCCGACGCCAUGCAGUGCACCGUCAUGAAGUUUGACAACAAGGAGGCUGCCAUCAGAUUCGCCGAGGGCCAGGGCUGGACCUUUUACGUCCAGGAACCAAAGAAGAGACACUUCAGAAAGAAGGACUACUCCGCCAACUUCCUCCACUCCGCCGGCCCAUUGAAACACAUCAGAACCAAAUAGGUCAUGUCGCGUUUAUUUAUUGUUUCUUUCUCCUUGCAUUUU